CUUAUCUCAAUUUCAUAAUACAAACAAUCAAAAUCACAAAUCGAACGUGCUCUAGCUAGAACAGCAGAAGGCAAAUAUGGAUUUGAAACGUCCUUCACGGGGAGAUUCAGAAGAGGAACUUGAAUGCAUGCAGGAGGAAUUUUUAGCAGGCAGACUUCAACCUUCAGCAAAAGUUGUUAGUGUUGGAGAAAAGAGAAAAGCAGUGGAGGAAGUUAAAGAUUCAGCCUCAAAAGGUCUAUCACAGAACCAAACAGAGGGAGGAAGUAAAAAAAUAAAAUCUAAGUUUAAAGUAAGAAAAAAUGAAGAGAAAACCAGCAGUGAAAAGAAUGAAAGCAUUAUUUUAGAUAAUCAUGACAUAGGUUUUCCAUCUGUUAUUGAAGACAUUGUGGAGAGAGAUGUCACUGGAAAUCUUGUCACUGCUCCUGGUCCCGUAAAUGAACCAUUUCCAAAAGUUAUUUUAAGGGACAAAGGGCUUGAAGGCAAAGCCAGGGAUGUGAAGAAAAGCAUAUUUGCUCUGCAAAUGGAAAGAGAGAAUUUUCAUUCCUCUGCUGUUAGUAGAGAGACAACAUUUAGGUUACCGAGAACAUCACAUGCUGAAGCUUCCUCAAGUUUUAUAGUUGAUGGAAGUGGCUUAGACAGCUCUUGUUCUGGUGGUGUGGUGCAGAAGAUUCAUGAAGAGAAUCUGGCUAAGCUUGCUGAAAUGACUAAUGAGGAAAUUCUUGCAGCACAGAAGCAAUUAUUAGGCCAGUUAGAUCCAAGUAUUGUUAGGUUUCUUAAAAGCAAGAGGAAACAAGAUAAGGAAACUUGUCAAGUAGACACUAAAAAUCAGCAAGAAAUUAUGACCAUGGGCGAUGAACAAAGAUCAAGCCAAUUUUCAGCCAAUAGAGACCACAUCCUGGCUUCUGAAGUGGAGGAAACACGAAGUUCGUCUUCAACAUCAUGUAUAGAUAUGAAAGACAAAUCUAGUGAAAAGGAGAUAGUGGAUUCAAGUACUACAGGACAUAAAGACAUUGAGUUGAAUGAAUCAGGACUACCGAUUAAUCCUCGUGAAGCUCAGCAGUGGUUACAUAUGGACAAAGUAGAAAAAGAAAAACUGGCCUGGAUGACUUUAUUACCAAAACCAAACCUAGUAGAUUCCAAGACAGAGUAUUCUGCUCGAUUUGACUUUGAAGGAAAUCUAUUGCGUCAUGAUAUUGAUCUGCCAACUCAACUUGGUCUUCAUCAUCAUGGGAAGGAACCAGAGGUGGCCGGUUACACAAUAGAAGAACUGUUUCGUAUGUCUCGGAGUUCACUGCAGUCACAACGUGUAAUAGGCAUACGGACAUUGGCUCAAAUUCUUAGUAAGUACUGGCAAGGUCUUCUUGAUGGUUGCUUUAAGGAGAAGUUUCUUUCUCAACUUCUCGAAGCUGGUAUUGUACCUUUGAUGAGAUGGGCUGUAGAUGACAAUACUGAAACUAUUAUUGCUGCAGCUGUACAUGCUAUACAGAGUUUGAUAGUUGCUGGACCAGAUGAGGUGUGUUUAGAUCAGGCUUUUUCCUGGUUCCGAGGUUAUGAGACUCCCUCCAUUAGACCUUCUCCACAGUUGGCAAGUGAAAAAUUGGAGAAUGAUAGUGAUAUGUCGGAACUAACAGAUUCUCAGAUCAUUAGCAUGGAUGUUAUUAAGGGUUUUCUGCGAAUAGAUCUACUGCCACGCCUUCGUUACAUUCUUGAAGUAUGCCACCCUGCUGCUGCUGUUGUAGGCCACAUAUUUGAUAUUCUUAUCAGGAUAGCAAGACAUUCACUGGAAAGUGCUACACAGGUAAUGAAUUGUCCUCGACUCAUUCAGACCAUUAUUAACGAAUUCCUUCCUGUUCAUUGGGGAACAAUGGAUUCAGUGAAAGGGAAGAGCAGAGAUGUGUAUGGCUAUCCGUUGUGGCCAGGUCUUAAACUGUUGAGAGUUAUUGCAUCAAAUGGACGUCAUCUUGCUACCAGACUGGUCAAAGAUUUUCAUAUAAUGGAACUUGUUGCUUGUUAUAUAACCAUUGAUCCAAGUGAUGAUAAGCUUCCAUUACAAGAAAUUCUGAAACUUUCUCUAGAAAGUUUGAGAAUUUGGCGAGUAUUCCUGGCAUAUGGAUUAGCUUCUGAAGUUUACUUAGAUCUCUUUCCUGUGAUGAUUCGACAUGUCCAGUUCUGUCAAACGCUGUCUUUGGUAGAAGAAGUAGAGAAGCACAGAUUUGACUAUCAGUAUGCAGCUUGUCUUGUGCAAGUUCUAGAAGGAGUUGUUCACAUUGCUGGCAACCAUACAGAAAUAAAAUCUUCCAGAAGAAAUGAAAAGUUGGAUCAACCCAAUUUUCCAUCUGUAAACUGGACCCAUGUUACUGGACUUUUUCCACUGAUAGAGACUUCACUUUGCAGAUGGCUGUGGGAAUUUGCUCAUAGAGAUAUUACACAUCAAGGACUGACAGUGCUUUCCAGUUGUAUGAAUUUUGUUGGUUCUUACUUAUGGAUGUCAAGUAAGCAGCUUGCUGAAAAUGCUGUGGAUAAUUUGGAGAUAAUUGAAAGGUUACUCCAUAAUCAUAUCUUGCCAUUUUUGCACUCCAAAAACUUUUGUGAAUUUUUACAGACACUGUGCACUUUUUCCACUCUGCUGUAUCCUGGGCAGAAUGGAAUGCAAAGAAACAGUGAAACACUUGUAUCACUUGGUAGUGUCAUGUGGUCAGGAGAUCUGUCACCUGUCUUGAAGGUUAACAGCCCUUUUCCAAUGCUAAUGUCUGUGUCAAACCUCCUCUCAUUGCUUGCUCGUAUACACUCUCAUCCUAAGCAAGAGGUGUAUGAAGCUCUCCUAUGUAACUCCAGCAUUGUUCAGUACCUACAGGACCUGCUUAAAAAGCCAACAUGGACUGUUCACUGGUUUUCAAAACUGGAACUUAAUCUUCUCUAUCACCUGGUGACAUUAGCCAUUGAACAGGCUUGUGGAGAUCUGAAACUGUAUCACAAGGUUGCACUUGUGCUGGUAACAAGAAUAAGCCAGGGUGAUGAAUACAUGGUGUUGGAGUUGCUGAAGAGAGUAAUUUUUCAUCCUAAUGUAUUUUUGGAAAACUAUGAUUUGUCAUCAGGUAUAUCACAGAUAGAGCUAGGAGAGAGGACCAUAGUGAAAUCAGCUGUAGGGGACAUUAUUCAGGUAUCAGACUGGAAACUGCUACAGGAGACAUUUGAACAGUUACCUAGUGUUUCUGGUGCUUACGUUGCUACUUUAGCCAAUAUUCUUUCCAUUGAGAAAUCUAGAUGGCAGAUGGAACAAAAGAGCCACUUAUUGGAUAGCCUAACUGUUGAAUGCAGUGCAACUCCAGUAUUACCUGUAUAUUGGGCCAUGAUGCCAGUUAUUCAUCUGUACAAACAGAAUAAAAAUGGAGCUGAGGCUACUUCUUCAUACCCAGAAACUGUUGGUACCAUAUCAAGAUGUCUACAGUGGUGUCAUCUGCUGGAGUUGUUGACAUCAGACAUAAUGAACUCCAUGUCUGUGACUACAAGGUUUUGUCAUAUAGCAGCAGUGUUUCUUGCUGGAAAUGAUUUAUUUCUGGAACCCAAUAUUCAACUGUAUUUGCAUGCUCUUAUCAAGCUGCUGCUUAAGAAUAAUCUUCCAUGUUCACUAGAAAAGAAGAGUCUAUAUUGGCCAGAUAUCACUUCAUUUGAUGACUUCUACCUGGAGCUGCUGGAACACUUUGAAAGUGUCUCUUAUGGGGACUCACUGUUUGGUAGUUUCAUUAUGGUUCCCUUGCAGCAGUGCUAUGAUUCCACUCUGAGAAAGUUACUGUUUUCUGAACAUACACCAGCUCUUCGUAUUCUAGGUGUUCCUUUUGCUCAGCUGCUUGUUCCGUUGGACAACUAUUUGUUCCCUCUAGAGAAAGAUGUGGAGAUGAUAGCUCUUUACCAGAAAAGUCUACUUUCAGGUACCCUGACAAACACAGGGAGUCCUGUACUUUAUUUAAUGGCUAUCCAUCAUGUGUCGCACUUCUUGUUUGAUGAAAAUGAGACCCUUUUGAAAGUCCAAAGUAAAUUUAUUAACCAGCUUCUGAAACAGAAAGAAAAGGAAACUGUGCAAAAUAUCUUGCUCUACAAAGCACCAUCUAUACAGAAAUCAGAUUUGGGGUUUGAAAAAUGGAAUACUUUACCUCAGGAAAGACAGGAGCAUCUUAACAAGGUCACUAGGAGGUAAUUGACAAGGAUAAACAGGAAGAUAUAACAUGUAAAUAUUCUAUGACAUCAGUUAUCACAUGCACAGUUGUGGAAUUAAAUACUUUUAAUAGACUAUAGUGGUGAUUAUCAUUUUAUGACAAAUUUUGCAGUAUCUUCCCAUCAUUGCUGCUAAACUUCAAAAUGUGAAAUAAACUUUGAAUACAGACUAAACUACCUAAAAAUUCAAUUAUUACAUUUACAAUUUAUGUGGUAUUCAGGUUGGAAAACUUUUUGAGGUAUCAGAGCAACUGUGUAGUUUGGGCUGAUGAUUUAUGACGUAUGCAACAACAGGCUUGUUUUAUAUGUAUUUAAUCAGUUUCCAAACAAAUCAUAUUCUUUUCAUUUUGAUCAAAAAUAUGUCUAAAAUUGAUGUAAUAUUUAUUUACAUUUAGUAUGGGAAUGAACAGCACACUAGGUAUGAAAUUCUGCUCGUACUCACUGGUACUGAGUACCGGAAGUUAUUUUUUAAGGCAGUACUAGUACUGGGACUUAUGUAACUGCUUUGUCGUUUUUAUGUUUAUACAUAGAUUGGCAUUUCAGGAACUUUAUUGGAGUGUUUGAAACAAAGUAAACACUUCAAUGUAAGUAACAAAGUAAACACAUCAAAGUAAAUGUUUUCUGUAAUGUUAUAAUGAUUAAACUGUAUCAGAGAAA